UGAUGAUUCAGCGUGUUUAAAAAAGCCGUCAAAAUCCGGUUCAGAAGUGAGCUCUGAAACAAUCUGGCCACAAGCACGAUCAAUUACUGAAAAUCAGGCUCGUACAAUUUGUAAAACACAUAUCGACAAGUUUCUUGGCAAAAGCCGUAAAGCACCACAUAUGCGUAGCAUAAAUACAAACGAUACCAUUUCAGUUGUCAUGGAUGCAUGUGUGCAAGAUUUGUUGCUAACCGGCGUACCAGAAAUGGCGCGCAGUAGUACUGAUGUACUAAUGAUCGAAGAACUCACUGCUAACGUUACAUCGGUCGGUUCGAUAAAAGAAGUAAUAGAAACUGGUAUACAGCAGGCUAUAGUUACCUAUAAUCAAGCUGUUGAAGAAGCCGCAGUCGAAAUUCCACAAAUACUCGGACUAUCAACUACUACAAUACAAGCAAGAUAA